AUGGCAUCUUGCAUCUAUGCGAACAAGUUUACACGGCUGAUGAAGCCGGAGCAGUUCCGACAUGUGCAGAAAUCCGCCAUCACAUCUAUGGCGCACAAGAUUAGGGACCAGUGGGUUGUCAACAUUCAGAAAAUCAUUCUCAAGAACUUCCGUGAUGUGGGGAAAGGUUGGUUCUCCAUCCACGAGACAAACCAAGACACAUACCGACAGGGCAAGCUCAAGAAGCUGUUGGCCGUUGUCAAGAACAUGAUGCAGGAUUCCUUGGAGUUCUUCACCUUGGACUCCGUGGAUGACUACUGCCAUGGCUUGGAGGAGCUGUGCCCUGCAAAAGUGAUAGUGAGCGACCUGAUGAAGGUGGAGUGCGAGUUUGUCGAACGUCCUCGACCACUUCCUGCGAAGCGUGGUGGAAGUCGACAAUUGAUUCCUCCAGGUCGUCCGGGAAUGGCUUUUUACGGAGCAGAUCACGACGAAGAGAGCGCUGAUCUGAAACCCGGCUCCGCACUCUUCCUCUUGGAGAUCAAAGUCACCGAGGACAAAGCCUUUGCCUACUCCACAAGCAGCGAGGCUGCCGUGGAUGUCUGCGGCGAGGUACUGGAUCUUGGAGUGAUGUCUCUGGGGGACAUUCCGCAGGUAGAGCCCCAGAUUGUUCCGCAGCUCUUCAAGACGGUGGUGGUGAAGCAAGGCAAGGAGAACCACCAUGAUGGAGAACCUGCGCCAGGCAUUGAGCCACGGCACAAUGCCUUUGGGCACGCUUGCUGGAAUGUGAUCAUAGGAUGCCACAUUCGCUUCCUGCAUGGUGGUGCAUGGGCCGCGGGAUGCAAGAAAGCAGAUUGGUGCCUGGAAUGCUUGCUUGCCGUUCGGGUGGAUGGUAGCAGUAGCGGUUGUGGGAUGUUCAGUGUCUAUGGCUUGCUGCUUUUCGCAGAGAGUUGGCUCCACCUCGUGGCCGACUUGAGUGUGCGCCCGCAGUCUCGAGCUGAGUUUCUUCGAACGACGCUGCGCUGCCCAUCGUCCUGGGAGCCUCUCCUGUCAGACCUGAAGCAUGCAAAGACCCUGCUUUCAGCCGGAGAAGCUCCGGAAGCACGGAGGGUCCUCAGCCUGUCAGUGGCCCAUGUGCUCGGAGAGGACGCCGAUGCCUACGGCGCAGCGGUAGCUCUCCAGCGUGCGCUGGAAGACUGCGCUGUGGGGAUGGGGGCCGCCUUUCGUCUUCUCGCGAUGUCGCACUACGGCGACCCAGUCGUGCGAGAUGCGGAGACGGAAGUGCAGGUCGCAGCCCUGGAAGUAGCGCUGCGAAUGCAACAUCUGGCGUCCGGAUGGCUCAUCUAUGCAUACAAUGUAGCCGCUCUCCAUCACGAUUCCUUCAUCGAUGAUUCUGCAUGGCCCAUAACCUCCCACGAAUUCGGGGACGAGCAUCGAUCGGUUGCCAACUUGCUGGGCAACCUGCGCGCCCAACUGCCUACCAAGCGAGUAGAUGCGGAUCCUGGCACUCGCGCUCACGGAUUGACAGUUUGCCUCGUAACCAUUUGCGAUUAUCCAAGUGGACGCCCUGCAGCCUGGGGCAAGGUAGAGGCGCUGCGUGAGGCAAUGGAAGAUGAUCGCUGGGAUUGGGUCGCCUGGAUUGACUGCGACCUAUACUUCAUGGACAUGAACCGGACACUGGAUUCACUCCUUUUGACGCAUGCAAGGGCUGCUGGCGAAGCAGCCGCGCCGUCGAUCGACGAGUCAGUGCACAUGUUGGUCACCGAGGACGCGCAAUCUCUCAACACUGCCAUUCUCUUGAUGCGACGGUCGGCUUGGAGCCGCAGAUUGCUUGCAAGAGUGUGGGGCGAUGAUGCUGGCUUCUCGCCUUUCGAGAAUCACACCUGGUGGGAGCAGCAAGCCUUCGCGCAAGAGCUGUUCGGUGUCAAUCAUCGUCGCUUCGCGCAGAUGCGCUACGAAGCCAGCAUGCUGGCACGCGACCUUCCGUCUCCAUAUCCGCAAGAGGUUCGCAUACUGCCGCAGUCCGAAAUGAACUCGUAUCAUCCGAUUUCCUCUCGGCUGGUGGAUGAAACCUGGGCCCCAGGCAAGUUCGUCCUUUCCUUCAACGGAGUGAAGUCUUUGUCCGGCCCGAACGUCGCAAAGGUUCUUCACGCCAACUACUACGAGGUGUUUUGCCAGCGGAACUCUGUGGAAGAUCUCUGCAAAGAUGUGCUGGAUGCUGGUGCGGCCACUGCUGCCAUGGCUCCCUGGCUGAGCCAAGCGGAAACCGUCGCGCUCCCCGCUCUUCAGGACUACCUGGCACUGUUUGCCCCGUACGAAGAUCUGCUGCAGCUGGAGCCAGCAGAGUUCGUUCAAGCCAAGGCGGACGCAGACAUUACAACAGCAGAAGCGAAGAACUGCAUCUUGGAGCAGGUGCAGAAGGAGCACGAGAUAUUGGAGUCCAUCCCCGAGUCCAUCGUGGUCGGUCUUUUCGAGGUGUCCUGCCAAGAGAUACGGAAGACGUUGGCCGGAAAGCAUCGGAAGAUUCAAGAGCUCCUCCUCGACAUGAUGAUGACUAAGUUCCGGGAUGGCACCCAGGAAAUCACGGAUGCUUAUGCCGGCGUCUUCUCGCAGCUACGCAAGUCGCCGAAGGACAUCGAAGAAGUCACUGCAAUGCGGGAGUAUAUCGCAACCAUCCCUGCCGAAAUCAUGAAGAUGGCGCCCGACACGAAGAGGUGCCUGGAUACAUACAGCGUUCUGGAAGAGUUUGGUGUGCAGCUGACCGCUGAUGACUUCUACCAACGUUGGCGAGUCUUUGGCUGUCCGAAGUCCACCUACGACCUCGUGGCGAAAGUCGAGGACGACAUCAAAGAGUUGGAGGCGUCCUUUGCAGCAGCCCAACAGCAAGAGCAGUCCGACUUUGAUGACAUGAUUGUGGAUAUGGCCAACACCAUCGAAAACUUUGCCCAGUACAAUGAUUUCGAAAAGCUGGACGAGAUCUACGAGAAUGUCGAGAGCGUGAACGAGCGAUUGAAGUCUGCCGCGACCCAAGCCAAGCUUUUCAACUCUCGGGAGCUGCUCUUUGGCAAGGAGGCCACUGACUAUGGCAUGAUCGCGCAGCUAACCAAAGAGUGGGAGCCAUUCUCACAGCUCUGGGUCACAGCUUACAACUGGACAUACGACUCCAAGAAAUGGCUGACGGGCCCUUUCCAGACCGUGGAUGCCAAGUCUUGCGAGUCCAGCGUUAUGGCCGGCACAAAGACUCUCUUCAAGGCCGUCAGGGCCUUCGAAAAGCGGGAAGGAUGCGACGAGGUGUUGAACAUUGCGCGGCACAUCAAGGAAGCCAUUGAUGCCUUCGUCCCAAAAGUGCCGAUUGUAGUCGGCCUCCGGAAUCCGGGCAUGGCCGAGCGGCACUGGCAGCAGGUGUCAAACCUUGUUGGCAGCGAAGUCACCCCGACCAUGGAGAACUUCACCCUCGAGAAGUUCGUCGAGCUUGGUAUGGUCGAGCAUGCCGCUGCCGUUGCGGACAUUGGGGACCGUGCCGGCAAGGAACAGAACAUUGAGAACCAGCUGAAGAGCAUGCAGGCGGCCUGGGACAAGGUUUUCUUCGACUGCAGCGAGCCCUAUCGAACAACAGGGACCUACAUUCUCAAGGGGGCCGACGAGGUCAUGGCCGUUUUGGACGAACAGAUUGUUGUGACACAGGCGAUGCAGUUCUCGCCCUUCAACAAGCCGUUCAAAGAGGACAUCGACGAGUGGAACGACAAACUCAUGUAUGUCUCAGAGUGCUUGGAUCAGUGGCUAAAAGUACAGCGAGCUUGGAUGUACUUGCAGCCCAUCUUCGACUCGCCGGACAUCAUGAAGCAGCUCCCCACCGAGGGCAAGAAGUUUAAGGUCGUAGACGGCAAGUGGCGGCAGACCAUGAGCCGGGUACACAGCAACGGCCACGCCCUGACCCAGUGCACACAGGAGGGUCUACUGACGCAGUGGCAGACUGUGAACAGAGACCUGGACAUCGUCCAGAAAGGCCUGGACGACUACCUGGCAACCAAGUGCGCUGCCUUCGCGCGCUUCUACUUCCUGUCCAACGAUGAGUUGCUGGAGAUCCUGUCUCAGACCAAGGAUCCCUUGAGGGUGCAACCCUUCCUGUCGAAAGUCUUCGAGGCGAUGAAGAAGCUGACGUUCACGGACCAGCUUGUGGCCACCCAGAUGCACUCCAAGGAAGGAGAAAUCAUCGACUUUGUCAAUCCCGUGGUAACAAAGGACAAGAACGUAGAGACCUGGAUGACGGAUCGAUUCUCAGAUUUCUGUGAGAACCGGCUUCUUGUUUUGAAGGCAGCCGUAUCCUUGCCCCUGCAGUCUGAAAGCUUCUGGCUUGCAGAUGAAAGGUCUGUAGCUCAAAAGCUGGGCAAGCCCUGA